AGUACCAAAGACAACGUGCGCGUGUGGCAGCUAGUCGCGGAAAAGCAACGUCAACUGGACGCAGUCCCGCAAAGAAAGCCACGAAUCAAGCUCGACUUCACUGCAGCAGCAGGAGGAAGAGGAAGAGGAGGAAGAGGAGGACAGGUAACAGUUUCUGGGUGACCAUCGACAUCGGCAGCCCGUUGAGUCACAUGACGUCACCCCAGAAUCCUCUGUGUCCAGCUGAUUUGCAGGUGCCAUUAACGCUGGAAGGGCUGUGUCCUGGAUACUACUACUUCUACCAGGCUGGAGAAGAUGGGGUGCUGCUUUAGUAAGGAGCUCAACCCCGGCCCGCCGAGUGAGAGGAGCAGUCUGUUACAGCCCCCGCUGCACGACGGGCUGAGUGAGGGGACACUCCGUGUCAGGGAGCACUCUGGGGCUGUGGCUCAGCAUGUGUGCUUGGACGAAGAGGACACGUGUGUGGAAGACAAGCCGGCUCAGAGGAAGCCUCCGGAAGAUGAGGAGGGGCGUCCAGAACCGGACAAUAAAGUUGCGACGGAGGCGGCCGUGGUCGGGGUUCUGAAGCCAGACAGUAAUCAGCAGGACAACGAGGCAAUUAUUAACACAAACCUACAGACUAACACAGACACAGAGCCCGGCAGGACACAUGCUGCCAGGCCCAGCUGUGAGCCGGCACCGUAUAUGGAGGUGCCCACGCAGAGUCCAACCAAACAGAAGAUUUUGGAGAAUGCCACACUCAGGGCCCAGUGGUUCAACGUGCUCCCAGACGGGCAGAAGCACAAACCGGCAAAAUGUUUGUCAGCUCCCUUCAGGCUACCCCCCCGCUCUUCUCACUGCCAGGCCGCCGUCCUGGAGAGCGAGGCGUUCGCUGACCACCUGCAGACUUCCCCCUAUGCUGAGCAUGAGCAGGAGGAGGAAGGUGAGGAGGUCUGCACAACGGCGCUGUGUCAAGGUUUCGAGACCAGGACCCGGAGCUUCUACAGCAUAUGUUCCAUCGACGACGUCGACCUUGAACACGACCACAUCCACGGCCGAUCCCAAACAGCUGGAGCGACAGACUCGCUGCUCACAGCUGAAGUAGGAACAGCUGCUCUGCCCCGUAUCGUGGAGUCUCCGGCAUCCAGCCAAUCACACACGGAGGCAUUUUCAGUCCGUGACCAGACGUACGCUACAGAAUCUAAAACGGCCAGCCGGUCACACAAUGAGAAACCAGCUUCAGCACAGUCACGUGCUGUAGAACGGUCUUCCACCGUCCUGUCACUGACCCACUCGGAUGAUUCACUCUCAUCAGAGGAGACCACCGUACCUCAUCCUGUUGUGUCUCAGUGGGGAGACUCUCCGUGGGACCCGCUGACCUCGUCCAGUAGUCCAACAACCAGCGAGGAACCUCAGGCGUCCGCUCCCGACGGCACUCAGCCUGAAGAUUUGAAUGGCCAGGCGGCUGCAGAGGACCAGGAUGAAUCCAAGGUUUACAUGUUGAUGACGUCACACACCGAUCAAAGUGCAUGUGUGGAGGAGGACGAUGAACUUGUGCAGGGCGAGACAGUGGGAGGAUCAGAGCAGAGGGAGAGUGUGUGUUUAGUGGGAGAGAGUGUGUACUUUGGGGAAACGUUAGAGGAAGAGUUGGAUUCUGACUUUAGUCCUCUCGACGAUCAUCUGCGUGAGUCUGACCCGUUAACGCAGCAGCACGUCCAAAGUUUACAACUGGCAGCUCCUGAACUGGAACCUUCAAAGCUCGACCUCGACCUCGAAGCGACGCACAGAGUGGAGUUUGUUUCUCUUCUGUCUGAAGGACAGACCGAGAUGGACAAACCCUCCCUGCAGAGCGAGGCCAUCCCUUGUGGCGUCCACAGAAAGGAGGCGGCUGACGGUGGUAACGGGGGAACGGCAGAGACGACUCUCACCGAGGUGUCCUCAGUGUCCUCAGGGUCCAGCCUCUCAGCCGUGUCUUCACUGCCCAUUGAACUGACUGCCUUCUCCUGCCACACGGAUCUACCACCUCUCUCAGACCUAAAAAACACCUCUCACCAGUGUGACUCUGUCACAUCUGACAAUCCAGUGUUUGAACUGAGCAGCAUUACGCCUCCUCGCCACGAUGCUGAGGCUCCGUCCGCUGACCCAGAGCUCAGUGACGACCCCGAUGAUGUGAACGCUGAAGCUGCCGUGGUGUCGGACCAGCCUUUUCAGGAUGUCCUCGUGAGCAGAGACCACAGACGGGCCGUUGAAAAAAUCAAACCAGACAUCAGUCAGAACAGCAAACGCGUUGAGAGAGAUGACGUCACGGAUGUUUCACCUGAACCGGCCCAGACCUGUGUUCUGUUGUCACAGCUCAGUGACUGUCAGAGUUCCCCAGAGUCCUUCUCCUCCAGUGUUUCCUCCGACUGUGUGAAGCCUGAAGUCGACCUGCAGCGUGAAGCCGCUGACUCUUCAGCACAAACUGGAGGUUCAUCAAACGGAGUUGAUGGGGUGAAGGUUCACGUGUUACGGGAGGAGACAUCUGCACUUGGCAGCGACACUCCUCCAGAAACUCCCGAUAACUCGGCUCCUGAGACACCGGCCCAAAGCGCCGAGCUGGACACCGAAACCUGUGACGACUCCUUCGGGAUUCUCCAGGACUUCAGCUGUGCGGAUGACUGGGCUGUAAUCUCCGUAGACCCGUGUCAGAUCGACGUUUAUGCCUCAACUCCGUCAUACGAGAUCCAUUUCCUGGGUCCCGAGCUCUCGGCAACUGCUGAGGAGGGAGAGAGAGAGGGAGGGAUGAGGGAGAUGGUGUCCGAGCUACUGGGAGAGGACGCGGACUCCUCCGUCUGCCGCCUCUACCCCCACCCCUGGAUCAAGCUGGGUCUGGAGGAGACCUGUGGGCUCUGGGCCCAGGGCGCAUCUGAUGACGAGCCCAGCCGGGGCGAGAGCGUGGAGCAGAUCCCGGCCCUGGUCUCAGAGCUGCAGCCCUCCAUGGCUCUGCUGGGAGCGUACCCCUACAGCACAGUGAUGCCUCAGGGACGCUGUGUGUGGGACUGGCACACAGAUUGCACUCAGUCUGUACCCGUCGCUUCCCCCAGCCUGAACCCUGACGCUGAGGCAUGGACCAAUCACGGCUUUGACUUGAACAUCGCUGGCCCCGCCUACCUCCAGGCUCCGCAGCAAUGGCUGCAGUUCCCCAGCGUGCUGACCAAUCAGGAAGGGUACGAGCCGGCGUUCCAGCUGGAGAACUUGGGCCUGGUCGAGGCCGAUCCCGGCACACUGGAGUACCAGACGCUGUCUGCUGAAGCUCCUCUCGUCAAUGGAGAGCCCAUUGACCCACCUGCCGCAGAUGACAGUAGAGAGGAGCUGAGGAGUGUUCUGGAGUCCUGCCUGACCAGGGAGCACCUUGGCAACGACCUGUACCUCAACUCCCAGAUGGACAGCGACCAGUAUGUUUCCAUAGCGACCCUGGCCAGCCUCGACAAGAUCAAGAGUCUCAGCACGGACCUGGACCUCAUCUCCGACAUCUUAAAAUCUCUGCCGCUGGUUCAGGUGGCUCCAUGUGGACUGAAGGUCCGGCCCAGUCAGAGUCGCUGUGUCGUCAUCCUGAGAGAGAUCCCCAGCACCACACCUCAGGAGGAGGUGGAGUCUCUCUUUGACGGGGAGAACCUGCCAAAGUUCCUGAGCUGUGAGUUUGUGAGCAACGACAACUGGUUCGUCACUUUCGAGUCAGAAACCAACGCUCAACAGGUCUACAAGUACCUCAGAGAAGACGUCCGGGAGUUUAAGGGGAAGCCCAUCAUGGUGAGGAUAAAGGCCAAGCCCAUGGCAAUAUCUUCCUUUGCUCCAAAGAACGGCUUCAGACCCUCCCAGAUGCACCAGUGCAGCAGUCAUUACGCCUCCUACUAUCCCCCUGGUCCCUCCGGUCCCCCCGGUCCCCCCCAGCAGCUGUACGACCUCACCAACGAGGUGUGGGCUUCGACUGCGACGGGGUACCAGGAAUGUGCCGAGCAUCAAACAUUGAUGAAUGACAUCAUGAACGGAUUCUCCGACUUCAAACCGUACAACCCUCACAGGCCGAGGAGAGGCUCGAGGUGGACCGGUUCUCUAGACCGCUCGCAGUCUGGUCACAGCGAUUCCUCGUCCCCGUCGGAGCAAACGCCAGAGGAGCGCUCCUCUUCUCCGAUGAAGCCGAAUCGAUGGCGGGCGCGAGGCAACGCACACCGUCCGAGCAGAGGGGGAAGGGUGCCCUAUUCUGAUCGAGGAAGGAGAGGAAACUUCAUCCAGAGGAGGAGAGACAACCCGAGGUCGUGGGACAGAGCUGCUGGAAACACUCGCAAUUCAGCCAAUCAGUCACCUCCCUGCCAGCCGACUCCUCCCCCCGAGCUCGGCCUCACAAGCUUCCCUCCUCUACCUUCGGCAAACAUCGCCAUGGCACCGGUACCUUCAGCGAACGACAACGCCAAGACUCCAGUGAAGAGCAUCAGCGUGUGUCCAUCAGUGCCGACAGCAUCACACGAGCCGGAGCAGAUCUCAGAGCAGAAUGUGAAGCAGCGUGCGGAGGCGACCGGCGAGGCCAAACCAGCUCAGCUGACACAGGAACCAGCCCCAGAGUCCAAGAAGCCCAGCUACGCAGCGAUCUGCCAGAGGUUGUCGUCCAAUGAGCCGCUGUCGCCCACUGACCCCGCCCCUUCGGAGGAGAUGUGCGCCCCCACCUUUCCGGGCAAGGCGUCCGAGCCGUCUCUGUUGCCACGGUGAUCAUAUCCGGUGGAGAAAAAGGACACUUUCAUUAUUUUUUUUUUGUCUCAUGGGUGUCACAUAAGCUAAUGUAUUGAUGUACUGUCAUAUUACGGCGAGCAAUAAUCUGUGGCUUCACUCCACCAAACUAAACCAGAUGGCGGUUUGGAUCUUGAAACUAGAUUCUGGGCCGGAUGGACCCGCGUGGGUCCAGGGUCCCCAACCACUCAGGAUGUUUGAGCCGAUUUCAGAGAGGAUGCUGGAAAGCGUGUCGACGUGGAUCUGCAGCGUUCCGUUAGUUUGUAGUCGAGAUCGGUUUACGGGGAGCCGGGUUUGAUUUAGUCUCGUUGAGCUGCCGGCGCUUCUCUUCCUGCUGUUUGUGUGUUCGAGGGUUCUUCUUGCUGUACAGGAUGUUCACCCAUCGCUUAUUAUUUGACUUUGUUGUUCCCUACAUGUGUGUUCUUGUGGGUCUCCAGGGCCGUGGACACGUCCUCUAAACGUUAGGCUUCUUGUCAGACGCUGGUGAGGCCUCCAGGUCCGGAAUGAACCGAUCGAGUACCGGAAGGAUCAAUCAAUUGUUCUCCCUGAAAAUCCCUGAAUACCAAUCCUUUCUCUCUGAGUGACCUUUUUUUUUUUAAAUUUCCUUUUUUAGAAUUUAUUUGACCUAUUUUUAUUUGUGAGACAGGAGUGCUUUUGUGUGUUGAAGCGUGAGGUGAACCUCAGCGCCCCGUGUUCACGACACAGGGAACACUGGCUGUCCAUUACCUUGAAAUUGAUUGAGUCAAUGCUCUUUUUGUUGAAAGUACAGCAUUUUAAAUGUAAAACGUUGUGGAGAAAGAGCAGGCAUGUGUUCCUUUGUCUGUACAGAUGUACAUAUUAUUGAACAGAUAUUAAAGUGCCUUUUGAAGUUAGAAAUACUCAUUUGUGUCUCUUCAC